AUGAAAGUCCUGUGGAUCUUUGCCUUCCUCGGAGCAGCACUUGCUGCGCCCUUUGAGGAUGAUGAUGACAAGAUUGUUGGAGGAUAUACCUGCCAGAGAAAUUCUGUCCCUUAUCAGGUUUCACUGAAUUCUGGCUAUCAUUUCUGUGGUGGUUCCCUCAUCAACGAACAAUGGGUUGUUUCAGCUGCUCAUUGUUACAAAUCCCGCAUGAAUGUGAUACUUGGAGAGCACAAUAUGGUGGAAAAUGAAGGGAGCGAACAGAAAAAAACCUGCAAAAUAAUUGUCCAUCCAGAGUACAGCUCUUGGCUCUUGGAUAAUGAUAUCAUGCUCAUCAAGCUGGAAUCACCUGUCACUAUUGAUGCAAGUGUCUCACCUAUCUCUUUGAGUAAUGGAUGUGCAGCAAUUGGUACUAGUUGCUUGAUCUCAGGAUGGGGCAAUACUCUCAGCAAUGGUGGUGAUAACUACCCUGAUCUUCUGCAAUGCCUGAAUGCACCAAUCCUAAGUGAUGAGGAAUGCAAUGCUGCUUACCCAGGACAAAUUACCCCAAAUAUGGUCUGUCUUGGAUACCUAGAGGGUGGCAAAGAUUCUUGUCAGGGAGAUUCUGGUGGUCCCGUGGUUUGUAACGGAGUGCCAGGCAUUGUCUCCUGGGGUAUCGGUUGUGCCCUGCCUGGCUAUCCUGGAGUCUACACUAAAGUUUGCAGAUACACCGACUGGAUCAAUCAAAUCAUAGCUGCCAACUGAACAGAUACUUUCUCUUAAUGUGAUUCAUCUUAAUAGAGAAUGAAAUGAAAUAAAUAAAGCCUGAUUACCUUA